CUCAAGUGGGCCCUCUAGAAAACUAAAUUCCAAUGAGACGAAAGUGGCUCCAAAAUCGAAAAGUUGCGACUUGUGCAACAAGGAAAACCAUCCUGUCCGUGUAUGUCCGCGUUUUCUCCAAAUGUCGGUUGACGACCGGUCAGCCUACAUAAAACGGAAGCAGUUAUGCUUAAACUGCUUUGCAAAUGGACAUCAGCUUCAUGAGUGCAAAAGCACGCACAAUUGUUUUACUUGCCGUGGCCGGCAUCACACGUUGUUGCACCGAAACAACCCCUUUUCCAGUAAUUCAAGCCCUUCAAAUCCUGCAAGGCCAAUUUCCGCUAAUCAGGCCAAUUUCGUUCCAAAUGAGCAAGCCGGUGUUCAAAAUUAGUUCGCCACGGGCUCAAGAGCUAUCCUUCUUGGCACUGCCGUAAUCAAUAUUUCCCAUCUUGGCACUAACUUUAAGGCACGCGCCCUGAUCGACUCCGGAUCAGAGGCAACAUUCGUAACCGAGCGACUCUUCAGUCGGCCUAUGUCCUCCCUCAACUAGCCGGAAAUCUGCCUUUCUACCCAAUUUCGCAAAAUUUCCUUCGGGAUCUUCCCGAUUUUCCACUGGCGGAUCCAAAAUUCUAUGAGAGCGCACAAAUAGAUGUCCUUAUCGGAGCCGACAUUCUGGCUUCGGUGCUUCUGAGUGGAGCAAAAACCAACAUCUGUGGCUCUCUCUUGGGGCAAGAGACCAUUUUCGGCUGGGUACUAACUGGGCCAGUGUCAGCCUCAGCCCAAAGCAGAAUUUCCUCCUUUCGACGCAGAUCUCCCACGCGUACGAUAAUUCACUGGACAAACUACUCACAAAAUUUUGGGAGAUGGAGAAUAUACCAACAAAGUUCCUAAAAGAAGAAUUUCCUUCAAACGACCACGAGAAACGAGUGCGGCAAAUAUGUCGUUACUCUGCCUUUUCGCGACCAAGAACAUAUUGGUUCCGGGCUAGGGCAUUUUAGGUCUUUCGCGUUGGCUCAGUUUUUAAGAAAUGAGCAUCGUCUUUUUAGAGAUGAGGCCUUAAAAGCGAGAUACGAUUCGGUGAUCCAGGAAUAUCUCGACUUAAAGCACAUGCAACAAGUUCUUCCUACCCAUGAUUGCAACGCCUAUUAUAUGCCACAUCACGCAGUCUUAAAACCGCAGAGCGUAACUACUAAACUCCGUGUAGUAUUCAAUGCAUUCAGCCCUUCAAUGGACCUCCAACCAAAAGGAAGUUUUAGCGGCCAUUCAGAGCAACCAUCUAUUAAAUACUGAUUUUCUCAAGAUCGAUGCAGAAAGCACUGCCAAAACACUCGGUAUUCGCUGGAAGGCAUCCUCCGACGAAUUCUUCUUCGUCCCGCCAAGUCCUGUCCCAAAUUGCCAAAUUGUUCGACCCUGCAGGCUGGUUAGCGCCAUUUAUCGUUCGAGCUAAAAUUUUCAUGCAGGAGAUUUGGCUGCAGGAGCUUGGGUGGGACGAAAACAUUCCAAAUGAGCUUUUUCAGCGAUGGCUUAAUUUUCUCCGAAGUUAUUCGGUUUUAGAGCAGAUACGCAUUCCACGCUGGCUAUCGUUUCAUCCAGAUUUCAAGGUCGAGCAUCAUGGCUUUUGCGAUGCAUCGCAAAAGGCUUAUGGGGCGGCAAUAUAUGUCCGCGUAGAAGUGGGCAGCUCCAUUAUGGUGCAACUCCUAACCGCGAAAACCCGGGUAGCACCAGUCAAAACGGUUUUGCUCCCAAGACUGGAGCUGAGCGGAGCGUUAUUGCUUUUCGAAAUGGCUGCAGCAAUCAUUCCACAUAUGCCUACGAUCAACUCCGAACUUUACUGCUGGACGGACUCCACGAUAGUGCUUGCAUGGUUAGGCAAGCCAGCGUGCCAGUGGACCACAUUUGUAGCCAAUAGGGUGACGAAGAUCGCCCAGGCCACAAAAACAGAGAAUUGGUCUCAUGUUCAAUCUGAGCAUAAUCCAGCAGACCUGGCAAGUAGAGGAGUUUCCCUCCAAGAUCUAGCCGAUAGCCUGUUAUGGUGGCACGGACCGACUUGGUUGCAAAAUCCACGCAACCAAUGGCCAACUCAGGUCGACAACGCUCCGCUGCUCUAAAAGUGCAUCUCGCAAAAGCUCCUUCUUAAGAGUUGUUGGCACGUUUCUCCAAGCUUGAGAAAGCUCUACGGGUCCUUGCUUAUGUUCAUCGCUUCAUUCAGCGGUGCAGGAAGCAGACAUCUCCAUCUGAUGUGCAUUUGCUGGCCACUGAAAUCGCCGCCGCCGAGCGGUUCUUAAUUUCGAACACUCAGCACAGAGAAUUCCCUGUGGAAUAUCACUGCCUAAGUGAAAAGCGUCCAGUGCCUAGUUCAAGAGCCAUCCUAAGCAUGAACCCGUUUCUAGAUCCGCAAGGACUGAUCAGGGCGUGCGGCCGUGUGGCGGCUUCCGAAAGCCUUCAAUACAAUGAACGGCAUCCAGUGAUUCUUCCGUAUAACUGCCUGCUUUCUCGCCUCCUUGCGAAUUUCACUCAUCGCAUAA